AUGCUGCAGGUGGGGCUCAGCCUGCCCCGCUCCCCCGGGGGCGCGGCCGCCGCCUUCCCCAUGGCCGAGCCGGCCGCGGGCGAGGACUCGGGCACCGGGCGAGAGGUGCUUGGCUCGUCCCCGGUCACCAUCGUGGUCACGUCCGAGGCUGACACGUGGGACAUCGACACCUCGUCCUGCCUGGGCUGCGGGCAGUUCGUGGACUGGGACAAGAUGCCGGAGCCACAGCAGCCGGCGCAGAUCCCGCGGGACGUCCUGGACAGGCCCCCGAAGGAGCUGAAGAGGCUGGCGAGGGAAGGCUGCUGGGGCUGGAGCCACGGGGGUCGGGCCUGGCUCUACCCCCGGCUCAUCCAGCGGGUCUCCUGCCGCCUCGUCACCCCCGACGCGCUCGUGUACAGGGACGUGGCCGCCCGGCUCUUCGGGAAGCCCAGCGUGAGCUCCCACCCUCUGCCCGAGUUCCUGGAGGGCUGCCCCAUGCCCACCUACUGCCUCAACCCGCACGGGGUCACGGCCCUGAAGAAGAUCCUCAUCUGCGUGGGCGACAUGUUCCCCGACAUCACGUACAGCCCCCUCCUGCCCGCGCUGGCGGCACUGCUGCUGCACUACAGCGAGGACGAGGCGCAGUGCUUCGAGAGCGUCUCUCGCCUCAUCGCCAGCAACGCUCCCCACGCCGGCUACAUCGACCAGUCCUUCCUGGCCCACCAGGCCUCGUGCAUGACCUUCGGGGACCUGGCCAACAAGCACUGCCCGGCAGCCCACAGGCUCAUAGCCAGCGCCGCCGAGAACGUCCUCGAGGUCUACUCGGAGUGGCUGUCGUGGCUCUUCCCCGGGCUACCCUUUGGCUACGCCGUGCGGGUGCUGGACGUGUUCCUGCUGGAGGGCCAGAAGGUGCUGUACCGCAUCGCCCUGGCCCUGCUGAAGCAGUUCCGGCUCUCGGUGGCCCCGGCCGGGCUGCAGGGCUCUGACAUCAAGGCAGAACUGCAGGCGUUCGUGAGGAACAUCGCCCAGCAUGUGACUGUGGACAAACUCCUGGAGAGAGCCUUUGGCAUCCGGCUCUUCUCCCGCAAGGAGAUCUGGCUUCUCCAGAUGGCCAACAGGAAGGCCUUGAUGGAGAGGGGCAUCACCGUGGUGCAGAGAAGGCCAUCCUUCCACCUGGCUGUGGACAUGCAGAACUUCAGCUCCAGCAUUGUCACGGCGCAGGAGAUGCGCCUCGUCUGGUCCUGGAUUCCCGAGCGCUUCUCGCUCUUCCCCCCGCUGCUGCUCUUCUCCACCUCCGAGGACGGCUGCAGCCUGCAGAGGUUCUACACGUGCUGUGAAGGCUACAAACCCACGGUGCUGCUCAUCAAAACCACCGAGGGCGAGGUGAGCGUUUCCCAGGCAGGGCUGGGCAGGGGACAUGGUGGAGGGGGAGGCCAAGCCCUGUCCCUGGACGCCAGCCUGCUCUGGGGACACACGGAGCACUGCGAGACCUUCGACAACCCCCCGCUCUGCCAGGAGAACUUCCAGGUGCAGCUCUUGGAGGUGUGGGGCUUUCAAAGGGCGUAG